UACUCAUUGGUCAUUCUGUUCUGGUGUAAUCAUGAGCUGCUGUUCCAGUUAUGUCAAUCAUUAAUGUGGAAGCCAGUGAAUGAAAUCCUUCAAUCAUCCAUCUUGACACACCAUGACCUGGGUGGCUCCUCUGCUCCUCGCUCUCCUCCAGAUAUUAUGCAAAUGUCGAGCUCAGGAACAUAGGUCUCUGCGCUUUGCUGCCAUUGGAGACUGGGGGGGUCUUCCUUUUGCUCCCUACUACACACCCCAGGAGCAGGACAUAGCUGGUGAACUGGGGAAGGCUGCUGAGAAAUGGCAAAUGGACUUUGUCCUCAGUCUAGGAGAUAACUUCUACUACAACGGAGUCAAGGACGUAAAUGAUAUUCGUUUUAAGGCAACAUAUGAGCGUGUAUUCUCCUAUCCAGCACUGAUUCCUGUUCCAUGGUAUUUGGUGGCAGGAAAUCACGAUCACUUGGGAAAUGUGUCUGCUCAGCUUGCCUACUCAGGCAGAUCAGAGAGGUGGCAUUUUCCUGAGCUCUACUAUCAGAUGAAGUUUAAGGUUCCUCACACCAACAUCUCCAUGACAAUCCUAAUGAUUGACACAGUGGUUUUGUGUGGGAACACUUAUGAAGGACUUCAUCCACAAGGCACAGAAGACCCCAUUGCUGCCAACCGACAAUUUGAAUGGAUCAAGAGGACACUACAGAAUGCGAAGUCUGAAUUUGUAGUGGUGGCUGGCCACUACCCUGUUUGGUCAGUUGGUCACCAUGGACCUACUCACUGUUUGGUGGCGAGACUGAGACCCCUAUUGAAGAAGUUCAAUGUCACUUUAUAUCUGAGUGGCCAUGACCACAGCUUACAGUUUAUCAAGGAGGAGGAUGGAAGUGCAUUUGUUGUCAGUGGAAGUGGGAACUUCCUAGACAGCUCUACUCACCACAGGAAGAAUUUCCCAUUGUCUUGGCAGCUGUUUUCCAGUGCUGUCAACAAAACUUUAGCAGGUUUUGUAUACUUUGAGGUCACAGAUAGGCAAAUGUCUGUUAGUUAUAUUCAGUUGGAUGGUAAGUGUGUGUUUCAGACUGCUCUGCCUAAACGCAGCAUAUAGCAGACUGAAGGAGACUGAUAAUUAUGAUGAUAAUUAUGAGUGGCUCUGAAUGAAUUGAGCAAUGUGCUUAACUGUGUUUUUUUCCAUUAUUUCACUUAAACAUUAAUUAUUCAUAUUAAACAUUAUUCACUUAAACCAAAAAAAAAUUUUUCUUUGUUAAUUUAGUAUUUCUCUAAAAUGAAGAGUAUAGCUAUUAUGUAGAGACAUAUAUUUGCAGGAGUAUCCAUAUCUCAGGUUAAAAGUAUAUGUUUGUGCCACAUCAUGAUGAAAUACCUUCUGCUUUCACAGUAUUCGCUUUAUAUUUAGAAACAGUGAGUCAAAUAUUUAGGGCCGGUUUCUUGAUAUUGUAUUAGACCCAGAUUUGGAUUAAAUUUAACUAAAUACCCUAACCUUAUAUUUAAUCACCACUGAAAAUUAUUUUUAGGCUUUAUCUGGUUCUGGAAUAAACACUGCAAACACAA